UGAAGUUCCCGUGUAACAUGGCAUAAGGCAUAACCCUCCAGGGACUUCUCCAACAGUUUCUUAGAAUUGAGAGCAGAUGCUAAGUCUCUGGUUGUCUCCUGACAGCACCAGAUAACCCCUUUCUGGGGUCACCUAGGUCUUACAAUUAUUUUGUGCCCAGGGCUCAGCCUUUGAUGUUUGUAGCCUUUGCUCGAGGCUACUGUUUGAGUGAACCCAAGUGUUCCAGAUGAAAUGAUACAAGAACAAGUUCACAUAAUAAGGCUAUUCCCCAUCGCCCCCUCCAAUCAGCUGGAGCGCUGCAGCUCCCCCUGCUCUUCCUUUCUCCACUGCUGCAGAUUUCCAGGGCUCUGAGAAAAGGAGGAGGACGCAGACUCUGCUCUUCAGAUCCACACGCUGAUCCCCACUACAACUAGUGACCUGAACUCGGGAGUCUGAGUGGGACACGCAGAUGGCCCUGGUGACUGAGAUGACAUCCUCUCUAAAGAUCUGGGGCAUGCUCUUGGCCCUGCUUUACAUCCUUUGCAGGAUGUGUGUAUACAGUAAAGACGUUUACUGGAGAGAAUUCAUAAAACUUCAUUACUUAAGUCCAAGUAGAGAAUUCAAAGAGUACAAAUGUGAUGUCCUCAUGAGAGAAAAAGAAGCUCUGAAAGGCAAAAGGUCUCAUAUAUUCAUCUAUAGCUUAUGGUUCAAAAUUCAGCGUACAUGCAUUGAUGAGAAGGGGAGCAACCGAUAUAGAAAUGCAUAUGUAUGGGCCCCAGGUGCCCUUAAAGUACUCGAGUGUCACUGGGAGAAGUACAACAGGAGGUACAUAGAGAGCAGAAGCUUCAGCUACAUUGAAUUCCAUUGUGGCAUAGAUGGAUAUGUUGAUAACAUAGAAGACCUGAAGAUUAUAGAACCUAUCAACAACUAGAAAGUCUAUGCACAUCCUCAGAUAUUGGUAGAGUAUUCAGUGCUUCCAAAGUGGUGGGCCCUGCCUCCAUCAAUAGCCCCAGCCACUCCCCACUUACAUUUAUGUGUCAGUGUUUUCCAAGUACUUAGAGUUUAUGUACCUCGCGAUUUCUUGAUACCAAAUCUUUGUGUGGUGUCUGUAUCUGUAAUACAAUUUUGUCCUAAUUUGCCUAAUUUACACCCAUAUUUUUUCCAAGAUUCAGCUCCUAUGGCAUCUAUCCUUGACUAACCUAAGACUUUUCCUGAUAUUGACUCUCUUUAUACCUAUCCAAGCUGAACAAACUUCUUUUUCUUAAAUAAAAUAUAGUAUUCUAA